AAGAGACGAAGUGUUGAAACCAAAGUGAUUCAAUCGCAAGCAUCAACCCGAGCACUGCAACGUCAUGACGAAACGAUGAUGGUAACUCCGUGCGUGCCAUACAAUGGCGCGCUAAAAUCACUCAUCAAACUUUGUAAACAGACAAUGAUGCUUCAUAAAACAUCGCCUGCAUUCCUAGCUUCGCGCAUUAGUUCUCUAAAUGGUUGUGUUUCGUCCGGAGCUUUUAACGUUGCUGAAAAAUUCACAGAACAUUUUCAAAGUUACUCCAUUAAGACUCUUGAUUCUCCGCCGGUCGAAUGCCGAGUCUCUGGCCCUUAUGGAAAUUCGAAGGAUACAACUCUCUCUUCUACUGUUUCUUCCUUUAGUACCCAAAAUCAAGCCAAAUUUUCUUCCACUAUUCAUAACCCUAGAUCACGGUCUACUGACUCGCCCAACCUCUUCCGUAAACAUAAUAAAAUAAACACAUGGAAAUCUAGUUCAGAAAUACUUACGACCUUGGAGCAGUCUACGGUUCCUGCCCCACUGCAAAGCUACAAUGCGACUCGACCGCAGCCAUCAAGAUCAGACCCGAGCAAGAGUUGCUUCAGACGACCUCAGGAUCCCAUCGUGAGGUCUCCGUUACUGCUGCUCAUGUUGAUGAGGUUUCUGCUGCUACUGCAAUGCGUCUUAUUUGUUGUUUGCGCGACGGAGGCGCCGCUGCCGACCACGUGCGACUGGGGCGCUGCGCCGAAGCCCCGACGCUUCGUGAGGGUGCGAGAAGACGCGCCGCUUGGCUACUCCAUCCUCAGCGUGAACGUGACACGUCCCGACCUGCUCGUCCUGUCCCACGCGCAGGAAGGAGCUUCACUAUUCCGCGCAUCGGCUGGGCGCGACGAAGGGCUUGUGGUGGUCGCUGAGCGGCUCUCCCAGCUGCUGGCUGAGCCGCAAGCAGCAGCGGCUCCUGUCAUCAAGUUCUCUCUUACGUGCGGGGAUAACCUGUUCACACAGCAAGUGACGGUUUAUGUUGAAGACGUAAACGACCACGCCCCGAUGUUUGAUGUACCCAUAAUCUCCAUCACUGUUGAUGAGCUCACGCCAGUUGGCCUGACAGUUCUCAACGGGAUCAAGACCACUGACCUGGACAAACCUAACACAGCCAACUCCGAGGUGACGCUCUCACUGGGUGGAGGGGAUCCCAGUGGCUACUUUAAAAUGGCGGACAGUAAGAAAGGCAUCGUGCAGCUCGCUAAAACACUCGAUUAUGAUGACGGCCCGAGGACUUUUGAUAUUCAAGUUAUUGCUCAAGACCAGGGCAGCCCUCGUCUGUCGUCCUCCGCCCGGUUGUUGGUGGCCGUCGUGGACGCGGACGACAGGCCGCCGGUGUUCUCAGCGGACACCUACAGCGUGUCCAUCCCUGAGCAGCCCGGCGUUGAUACCGGAAGUUUCGCGCCGCGCGUCUUAUAUCCCGAGCCGCCGCUCCUCGCAGCCGACGGUGAUGAAGGCCUCAACAUCUCGCUCGUCUAUUCCAUCCUGCCGGGACCUCAUGCCACUGCAUUCAAUGCUGACGACAACGAACGCGAAAGUUCUUCGGUUCUGGAGGUGCUCGUGACUGACGUCAACGAUAAUCUGCCUGAGUUUGAACACGAUCUUUACGCCAUCAGCAUCGUCGAGAACCUGCCCACUGGCUUCAGCGUCGUGCAAGUUUCCGCUUCUGAUGCCGACCAAGGUGUGAACGGUGAAUUUCGUUAUCGAUUAUUCGGUGGCGACUCAGCUUUGGCCAUUAACCCCAACACCGGUUGGCUAACGGUGGCCAACCACUCUCUUCUGGACCGUGAAACUCUACCGACUUUGUCGCUUCAAGUUUGCACUGAACAAGUAGCGCCCCUUGUUAGCAGCCCGCAUGUGGUCAUGGAAUCCACCACUUCAAUUUCGCGAAGACGCCAAACGUUGCCAAUUGAUGUGCCAGCAGCGACCCCUUCGCAUUUCACGAACCUUCCAUCCACCACGACGGCGGAAACCAGUCAAAAACUUCAAGUUUCCGAAGCACCUCCACUUUCCCUCACGAAAUUGAACGCCCGAACGUUUAUUCCGAGUGAUAGAGAUUUAACAGUUCCGAUAGUUACUCAACAUUCAUCCGAAGUUAAAACCAAAACCAGAGCUUUUCCCACUGUCAUCAUCCGUAAAUCUGAAUCCAGUAAUUCCUCUCUCAGUCCGUCGCCAGAGAUACGUGAUACUUUUAGUAUAGAGGACGCAAUCCCUAAACUGGAAACGUUACCCUUUGGAACUAGAACUGCCCCAAGAAAGGCUUCCCGGUCUUCAGCGGUAAGAAGACUUGACGCAUCCAAAUCCUCUAGUUUGAGUGAGCCACUUUCCGAAAUUUCGGCCAUGCCUUUAAUUUCCUCGGCAACGACCGAGAUUCAUAUCAAUAAAAGUUCCAGUGAAGUAACAUUUUUGAAAGGUAAACGUCUUGAAAUGUUUGAUCUUUCUGAUGCCACUACGAAGCUUUCAAAAAACUCUUCCAUUUCUGAUGUGAAUUCCCGGAAAAAACGUAACUCCGACGCGUUUAAUAAAUUCAACACGCGGCGUCACGCCAAACCCAAAUCAUUGGUGCCAAUUAAGUUGAUCAGCAACCAAAAUCUUAGUGUAUCAGGAGAGGUUCUGGAACGUCCUGGGAAUUAUUCGUGCGCCGCCAUACAACUCACUCUUCUGGAUGCGAACGACAAUAACCCUGUGUUUCUACCAUCAAAUCAAUAUCACUUCACCGUCAGGCAGGAUGCAAAACCGGGCAUGCGAAUAGGCAGGGUUGAAGCCAUCGAUGCAGAUUCAGGUAUGAACGGACAUGUGACAUACCGACUUCAAGAUCGCACUACCGCUGCUAUUGCAAGCCACGGCAACGUAACGUCAACAUCAACCGACAACGAAAGGAAAUCAGCAAUCAUCGUUGAGAGCAACACUGGAUACCUCACCCUUAACUCGGCGGCUCUUAAACUCGGCGAGUUUACUAUGUUCGUAGAGGCCUCCGACUCUCCCGCCAGUGUAUCUGAAACUCGCACCUCGCUGGCUGUCGUCGUCAUAAGCGUGACGGCGGGCGACGCGUGGGAGCCGCGGUUCGAGGGCGCGCCCUUCGAGUUCUGGGUGGGCGGGGACGCCAGCGUCGGCACGUCCGUCGGGCAGGUCCGCGUUGCCGACCUCGACCGACGACGCAUCUUCUUCGACAUGUUCCAUAGCUAUGAAGAUGGGGUGCCGUUCGCAAUCGAGGAGACCAGCGGCAUCGUGUCAGUGGUGGAGCCACUGGCGGGUUUUGACCGCAGCGACUACCAGUUCGAGGCGGUCGUUACCGACGGACAAGCCUCACUCGUCACGAACUUGUCCGUGCACGUCGCACCUCAAGCCAGGUCGCCGCAGAUGUCAGAGAUUGUCCUUCUCAUGUCGGUUCAAGAGAACUUGGCUGGCGGGCUGGUGGGCAACAUCAGAACUGAGCUCAAGAAACAAGGUAUCGACCUGCCCCCUGAACCACGUCUUGACCUGGUAAGCCCCGAGACUCGCGAAGUGUUCGUGAUCGCGCAAGACUCGUCGCUGUACACGGCAGCCGCGCUGGACCACGAGACGCGAGCUGUGCACGGCUUAGCGGUGCUCAGCGCCAGCUCUGCACUCAUAUUCUACAUUAAUGUCCAGGUUGAAGACGUGAACGACAACCCGCCUCAGCUGAACGCAGUGUCAUACGAAGGCUCGCUUGGGGAAGACUCGCUGCCUGGGACUCCUGUGCUCAUCACACCAAGGAUAGAAGUUACUGACCUGGACUCUUACCCCGGUUCAUCUUGGGAGCUUCGAUUGCUUGGGUCUGCUUCUGCUCUGUUUGCUAUGAACGCUUCUACGGGCUCGGUCUACUUCAGAGGAGGACACUUAGAUCGGGAGAGUAUCGCAGCAUACGGACUUCUCAUUCAGGCAAUCGACGACGGAAAUUUGACUACUUACGCAAAUCUCACUAUUAAGCUCGAGGAUGUCAAUGAUAACUAUCCGAUAUUCCGUAAAUCCAAUGAGAUACCCCAAUACGCCACAAAAAUUGCGGAUAACGAUAUAGGGUCCAGAGGGAAAAGCAUCCGCGAUCGCGAUUUUACAAAUUCUGAUGGCUCUACGCAAAUUAUAAUACCAGAAUCACUGUCCGUUGGUAGCAAAGUGACGCAAGUUGUGGCAGACGAUAAAGAUGUAGGCCUGUUUGCCGACAUUCGUUAUCUCAUAGAAUCUCAAACUUCAUACCAUCAUGGAGGUAAUUCAUCUGCCGUGCCGCAAGUUACGUCAACAAAUACAUUCUCAUUGGAGCCCAAAUCAGGGAACUUGGUUGUAGCAGGCAAGCUCUUGCCUGAUCACCUCUACGUGCUCAAUAUUUCAGCCAUAGAUGGAGGGGGGCUGUCGACAAUGACUGUCGUGUCUGUCAACGUUUACGAUGUCAACGACCAUGCACCUCAAUUCCUGCUCCCUGUAUAUUAUUUUGACAUCCUUGAAGGUUCGUAUCUCGUUGGAGAGGUAGGAGGAGUCACGGCUGUAGACUUGGAUCUGGGAGAAAAUUCUAAAAUUAUGUAUCAAAUUGUUGUGAACGAAUCGCCAUUGACCGAAACGUUUCCUUUCCGUAUUGGAGAAACUUCAGGGAUGAUACUCGCCACUGGCCAGGUUGAUAGAGAAAUGCAGUCCCGUUACCAGUUCUCGGUCAUUGCAACUGAUGGAGGCGAACCUCCGCUUUCCACUUCAGUUGAAGUACAUAUUUCUGUCAGCGAUUCCAAUGACCAUGAUCCAAUUUUCUACGGCUAUCAAACCAUCUACUCUGGAUCAGAAAGGUUCAAGAACUAUUCUCUGCCCGUGUAUCAGAUAACUGUCCCUGAAAACCUGCCGAAAGGUACUAUAAUCACCAAAGUUUUUGCAAACGAUUCCGAUUCAAUGACUUCCGGGAAUGGAAUUGUUCUGUAUAAAAUCGAGGAACCGAACUCCCCGUUUGGUAUUGACUCUAAAAAUGGGAGCAUUUUCACUGCCAUGGAUUUGGAUUACGAGACGAGUUCUUCGUUGCGGGCGACGGUGGUCGCCAUCGACGUUGGAACGCCGACCAGAUCUGCGUCGGCAUUGCUUGAUGUGACAGUGACUGACGUGCGAGAGGAUCUUGCUGAUCGACUCUUCGACGUAGAACAAUACGUGGUACAAGUGAAGGAAAACAGUGAAGUGCCGGUACCUCUGCUUAACCUGAGUGGAUCCUUCGCACGCCUCAGCGAACAAGGCAUGCACUUUUUAUUGGCGGAUACACGUUACGAAGACCUUGUAUCUGUGGACACAGAGUCAGGACAAGUCUAUCUCAUAAAGUCCCUCGAUAGGGAAGAGCAACAUGAAUAUAAAUUCAAGAUUCGCGCUCUAGCUCCUUUAGAGAUAUUUCGUUCGAGCGAAAGUCGACGGGAGGAAAUUUAUACGCUAGCGACGACCACUAAAUCUGUGACUGUGCCAACCACGCAACAUACCACAUACUUUACUCGCAGCUCUGGUCUACGAGCUACUACCGAAUUACCCAGUGUUGCUAAAGACGACAAGUUAAAUCCAUUUAUUGAGCCAAGACGUAGAAAACAACCGAUAACGCAGGCUCCGGCUUACCCUCGCACUGAUAAGUGGAGAAGCUCGAGACGAGAUUCUGGAAUAAACGGUAGAAGUGACGUGGCACCGAGUAACAAUGGAGAGAAUAGUGAAGACGAUAAUGAAGCAUCUCAAAGGAAAGGGAGAAGUUUCCACGAAACAAACAUCGAAGAAGAUCUGAUCAUGUCAGCUUCACUUGAGACUUCGAUUAACAUCACCAAUGUGAACCAAUCUGUUGCCGAAUUUCCAAUCUCCGUUGAAGGAGCUACAUUUGGCAAUGAAUAUUCCCGCAAAAGUACCGAUGAUUUUUCAGCUACGGUUGAAAAAUCUCCUUUAGAGCCAAAUGUAAACAUUAGUCAAAUGCUCUUGUCCAAUAAUCAUCACUUGGAAAUUACCACGGCAAGUAACGGAUCUCCGAAAAUGUCCGACACGCACUCGAAGAAAGCGAAAAGAUCUGCACUGAAUGAAAGUGGCGACACGCGCCGUAUUUCGCUCACGCAAACUAGCGAGCGAGAUUUCGGAGCAAGAAUUUCUGAAGGUAUUCCGGUCAACUUGAUCGAUUCUUCUCCUCGCUUGCAUAAUCAUUUGAGUCGCACGCAACAAAUGCGUGACGUGGAAGCGUUUUCUGCGUCAACGCUGCAACUCAACGAAGUCUGGGUCGUCAUCAAAGUGCUGGACGAGAACGACAACCCGCCUCGCUUCAACAACGAUGGUCGGCCGCUUGUGGGAGCCGUGCUCUCCGACGCAAUUUUCGGACACGAGAUAUUCACCAUCGAGGCGACGGACCCUGAUGCCGGGCCACACGGAGCUGUGCGGUUCACGAUGCUGCAGAGCGGACCGGCCGACCUCGCGCGGCACAAGUUCGCCGUAGACUCCCUCACUGGCCGCGUGACGGUGGUUGGCGACCUGAGGGCGGACGAGGGCCGCAUGUUCGGGUUUGACGUCCGCGCCACCGACAACGCGGGGCAGCCGGACGGCCUCAGCGCCGUCACUAAUGUUUUCGUAAGUAUAAUUCUUCGUAAUUUUCGUAAGUAUAAUUCUUCGAUGUUGAGCAAUGCAACAGGUCUAGACGUGAGGGUACAGCGCAUAGCUCCCCAUCACGACUCGUGGCCACUGAAGUUGCAGGCAUCAUCACAGAAUAUUCCUUCAAACACGGACUUGUACGUAUACGGAGUGUCGACGACAAGCCAGGAGGUGGUGGCCGCAGCACUGCUGAAGGAGGCGCUGAGUUCCAACAUGCACGCCAUCGUACCUCGGGGCCUCAGCGUCAAGGGUCUCAGGACCCCGCAGGUCAACAGGGAGAGCGCCUUACUACAGACUCCUGAGCUGGCCAUUCUUAUAAGCGUGGCGCUGGUGCUGCUUAUCACCGUCACGGCGCUAGUGUGUCUGUGUCACAAACAACGCAAGCGGCGUCGUAAGACUCGUCCCUCUCCCUUCACGGGGGGUUUGUCAGGCGCCGCUGGAGGGGGCAUGUCAGUUUUGCCCCUGUCGUUCCCGGUGGGACCUUUACCCUACGCGCACAUGAGCGACCGAAGUUCCGCCAGCUCCGAAGACUUGACAAAAGCUGCUUUCCGACGACCACUGCCGGACCGUCUGUCUAAACUGCGGCAGUUUGAUGACCACGCGCAUUUCGGCGAGUUUCAUCUACGCAAGAACCGAAGUUACAUGGUCGGCAGGAAGAAGUCUAUUCACGACAGCCGAAGGAGGCGUUCAAAAGACGGUGAUCUCUGCGAACGAAUUCACUCGCACACCGCUGAGCUUCAAGGAAUGCAGUGCUGCGCGACGUUCAGUAGCAGCGGCGCGAACUCAGACGAAGACGGGCUGCCUGUCCGGCGCAGGAAGUCGCCGCGACGGAACUUUGCCUCAUCCGGCAACUCGGAUUGUAAUGACGGGGCCUUCGAUAGCCCGGAAUUCCGGAGAAGUAGACAGUCGCGUAAUAUCAGACGACACUGUUGCGCUGACAGUUGCCCAAGUCAUAACUGCUGCCGUAAUCUCGCUGCUGUGGAUUGCAGCACCACAACCACAGCCACAACCGUCACCUCACCACAACAUCUACGCCACUUCCGCAACAAUUCACCGGACUCCCUUGAGCGCAACCCUCACAGCCACCACAAUCAUCACCACCACCAACAUCUCGGUGGUGCAGGAGACCCGCAUCACCACCAUCAUCGCAACCACCACCAUUCAUCUCUUCACUCACUUUCUCAACACCAAAACCACACAGAAAUUCAUGGGUCGACACCCGCGCUGCCCACGUACCCAUACCCGGGGCCUGUACCGCCACCGGCGCCUCCCAUGAAGCCGAGCAAACCAAACGCCUUCAAGAACGAGGGCCCCGUCAUCACCAUCCCGCGCACGCAGCUGCGUCGACCGCAAUGUGAGUAA